UCAAAUCCUACAUCCUCACUCACCACAACAACUUCUCCUUUCUCUUCUCCCUCUAUAACGAUGUCAUUUCAAGAACCAACCAAAUUAAUCGGACCUUAUUGGAUCUUUUAGGUAUACUUUUCGAUUCUCAUAUCGAUGGUGAGAUUAGGGAGAUUGUUGAUGACUUGAGUAGGAAGAUGAAGGAGGCAAAGGUAAAGAGGGAAAUAUUAGAGUUGGUAAAGAUUAGCAUAGGAAUUAGUGAGAGGCUGGGAGGGGUGAAAGAGGAAGAAUAG